UGUGUAUUUUCUCUUUCUUUUCUUCCUCUCUUCUCUACUAGGGUGCGCGCAGACGGGGGGUUUGCUCGGUGGGUGGAUGUGUAGGAUAUGAUCUCCUUUUCAUGCGGAGUUUGCUUUGGGUGUUGUGUUCCUUUUCUUACGGGUUGUCUUUUUUUUUACGGAUGUUUCGAGAUUUUUUCUUUUUUCAGAGCGGAUGGAUGGAGGGUGGUAAUUUGUACAUUACAAAAAAGAUGCGAUUUUCCACAAGGAAAAGGAAAAGGAAAAUAGUCUUCUCCCCUCUGCUUUUGUAUGAUCAUCGCCCAUCAUUAAACUGCGAGAGUCGAGCAUCCAUCGAGCAUCCAUAAAUCCUUGGCACAUGCACUGGAUAUAAACCUCCCCCCCACCACAGUCCAACCACUACCCCCGCCCCGUCUACCAAAGCACUCAGCAUCAAGAAUGUCACUCA